AUGCCUACCGCGAUCUCCGUUACAUUGCUUGCGUUUCUGCCGAUAUUCGCACUUUCGCAGUCUUUGAAGAACAAUGGAAUUGGCCAUGAGCUCAAAAGCCGUCAGACCUUUUGCUCUCUUGGCGUCAACCACGUUACAGCUUGUGGAUCUGGCGAUCUGACAACAGAGAACUGGAACACAUUCAACAUCGACGCGUUCCUCUUAGGAUUCAUAAAUCAGUUUGGUACUUCAGACAACUUCCCCAAAUUUUUCGUAUCUCAAGAUACACCCACUGAAAACCCAUUCGACGGCUUCGACUGCUCAAGCUUUGGGUCCAGCAGCUGCUCUGUACCGUCUCUGUCAAACCCGGAUGUCGGGACUGACUGCGCUUUCGACGGACUGGAGUCAACUUUCUGUGCGAAUUUCAUCGCACCUGAAGCGGCUUUUGUAGUGCAGAACUACAUCAACAUGUGGCAAGGCCUGCAGAAUCACCAUGAUGCCAUUCAAGACGCUGCAGAUGCAAUCACGAGCUCGGGAUUCAUCGACACAAUGGUCAAAGCACUGGCACCAAAGAAGCAACCAAUCGCACCAGCCGUGUUCAGUCUAAUUGCGGAUAUUGUGACCGACAUCCUGCCGAUUGGGGGAGAGAUCAAAGCGGCAACGACAUUCAUGAAGAAGUUUCGGCUGAUCUUCAAUAAAACCCAAUCCGACCUGAAGGACGACUCCAAUGACAUCGUAAGCAUUAUCCAGGCCAACGAGGCUAUUGACCAGGAGGUCACUGCAACAGAAGAUCAGCUCAAACAGCAGCUAGCGAACAUGGUGACCGGAACACAGGCAAGACUUCAGAAAAUACUCGAUCAGGUAUUUGGAGCCAACAAGGAUCCGCAAAUAAUUGAAAAUGCAGCAGAUGUGCAAAAUACCUAUGCAUUUCAGAACGCUGAAGGCGGUAUGUUCCUUGAUGACGUUCCCCAGCGCUCUGAUCUAGCGGCACAGAUGCAAAAGCAGCUGCAGAAUUGGAUAGUGAGCUCGGUCCUGACAGUAAUGGGUUACGACGUGACUGUCGACUUGACCGAGUUGGCGGAUCCACCUGGCAAACCUGGAACCGUUUGCAGAGCGGAAAACGGAUUCUCAGUUGGGCGUGGCUGUGCCUUGUUCCGAAUCAACGGAAUUGAUGGCGGUGGCAAUGUGAUCGAGGAUGCAAGGAUGGGAAACAAUAUCUUCGCACUUCAAGAUGCAGGAUUGGAUAUCGGAGCCGUGGUUAGCAACGCAGAAAAUUGUAAUGGUGGGAAUGGUGGUGGCGUUGCGGAUUUCGAGAGCUUUCUGGCAAUGGACAACACCAAUGCGCUGCCGGACUGCAUGUUUAAUUUCAGAGUCAAAGCAGUCGCCCUCUAA